AUAAAACUAACAACUGUUAUGAUUUAUUCAAUCCAUUUCAGCCAACAAAUAUUAACCUGUUUGACUAUAAUCAUGAGUGUAGCAGGAAAUUGGUGCCUUAUUGAAAGCGAUCCGGGGGUAUUUAAUGAAUUAAUGGCCGGUUUUGGUGCCGAUGGUUUAGAGUGUAUUGAAGUCUAUGACACUCAAAAUACAGAAUUUUUCAAGGAUGCUCUGGGGCUUAUUUUUCUAUUUCAGUGGGGAAAUGAUCAGAAGAAGGAAUCAAAACCUCUUGAUUUUGUUGACGAUAACUCAAUAUUUUUUGCAAAGCAGGUUAUCAAUAACGCCUGUGCUACUCAAGCCCUUAUAAACGUUCUUUUCAACGUAUCUUCCCCGAAUCUAAAACUUGGGACCACGUUAACAGAUUUCAAGUCGUUUGUUGCAGAUUUUGAUAGUCAUAUGAAAGGCACUGCGUUAUCGGAUUGUGAGAAAUUGCGUCUCACGCAUAACAGUUUCGCUCGGCCCCAGGUUUUUGAGGUCGACCAAAGUAACCAGGUCAGACCUGAGGAUGUUUAUCAUUUUGUUGGAUUUGUUCCUAUUAACGGUGCAGUGUAUGAACUUGAUGGGCUAAAACCGAGUCCUGUCCGUGUAGCAACAAUUAAUGAGGGCUCCUCCUGGUUGGAUGUUGCAUUGCCUGUCAUAAACACACGAAUGAGUGAAUGCUUGGACGGAAAAUUUAAUCUUAUGGCUCUUGUUCCAAGUCGUUUGCAGAUGUACCAAAAACUUGCCCUCAAAUAUGUUGCGAAUCCUCCCGUUGAUAAGAGUCUUAUUUCCCAAAAUGACUGCAAUAUCUACGCCGAAAAGGCUAAGUUAGCAGAACAACGAAGUGAGAAUAAUCGUCGAAGGCACAAUUACCUUCCUUUUAUCAUUGAAUACUUCAAAGUCCUUGCUGAGAAUAAUCUUCUUAUCCAGUCAGUGCAGACUGCGAAGAGCAAGUCAAAGGCCCAACAAUCUCGAGCUGUUGCUGCUGCUGCCAGGUCCUAA